CUGUCAAUUCUUUUGGGAGCUGGAAUCUGUCUCUAUCCAUUUUAUGUUUGAAAUAUUGCGAAUGAUAUGUAAAUCAAGUCAGUACCACAGGAAUUCAUCCUCAGGAAAUCCUCUUUCCAUGUUUGCUUGUUGUCAUCAUAAAGAGUAUUUGAUCGGCUUUUUUGAAUCCCUACAAGGCAUUAAGCAUGUCGAUGUUUCUUUUCAGUUAAUGGACUUUGCGCGAGGUAAGAACGUAUUAGCAUUAGAAGGAGGAUACAACCUCACCUCAAUUUCAAAAUCAGCCCUUGCAUGCAUGGAAGUUUUGCUGGAUGAGAAAACUGUCACUGGUUCCACCGAAGCCUAUCCUUUUGAGUCCACAUGGCGAGUAAUACAAGCGGCUCAUCAAGAACUAAAAGCUUUCUGGUCAGUACUUGCUGAUGAAUUGCCAACCAAGGUAAUAAGUCAAACAGCACCCAUUCAGAAAAUUCUCAUUUCAAGCUCUGACUCUGAAGCUGAAGAUGUUGAGGAGCUUCUGCACGAUGUCAUUCGACCUCUUUCAACUCUCGUGGUUGACGAAGAUCAUCGUGUUCUUGCAGAAUCUGCUUCUUUGUCCUGGAGAUCAGAUCUGUCAAAAAUUGACAUCUGGUAUGCCACCUUUGGAUCAAAUAUGUGGAAGCCUAGAUUCCGCUGCUAUAUUGAAGGUGGACAGGUAAUGCACUUUAAACUUACCUUUUUCAAGCCUUAGAACCGUUUCAUGACAUUCAUGAUGAUUGCACUGUGGUCCUACUUG